AUCCACCACCCCUCCCGGUCCCGGAGGAACUGUUCGGACGGCGGGACGGAGAGGGAGCUAGAGUCUCCUCUCUCCAGCUGCCAUCCGACUGCUGCUGCUCCUCCCCCUCCGCCGCCGCCACCACUACCACCUCCUCCUCCUCCAACGGAGCCCCUUCUUUCUCAUCACAUCCCGAGAUAAAUAGGAGCGGAUUUAAAUCUUUUCACAUACAAGGGCUCCAUCCCCACCCCGUGGAGGCCGCCUCAUCGUGUACACCAGGCGGCCCUUUGGACGGUCGCUCUCCGACACAGCUAGACGGGAGAAGCUCCCGGACGGUGAUUUGGUGCUUUUGUACCCCCUUCAACGUUUCCUCCCUAGUGGUCGGGUCGGGGUUACGCUUCCUCCUCUGGCGAGAGACGCCAGAUUUUGUGAGGGAGGUGGAGAUGCGACGUUGAAAGGCCACUGCCGAGCAAGCGAGCAUUUUGGAGAUGUGAGGAACGGGAAGCCCCUUGGUGAUAUCGAGCAGCAUUUUGACCUUAUCUUCAGUAUGAAUGGUGAUAUGCCUCAUGUUCCCAUCACUACUCUCGCCGGAAUUGCAAGCCUCACGGACCUGUUGAACCAACUUCCACUACCCUCACCUCUCCCUGCCACCACUGCCAAGAGUCUGCUCUACAAUGGACGAAUCUCCGAAGAGGUCAACAGCCUGUUGGUGUGCCGCGACGACAACCUGGUAACUCAGUUGGCGCACGGCCUCAACCAGGUGUCCACGGAACACAUAGAGCUGAAGGACAACUUGGGGAACGAUGAGCCCGAGGGGGACAUGCCUGUGCUCCUACAAGCUCUGCUGUCCAGAAACCCCAAAAUAUUCCGGGACAAAAGUGUAAUCCAGCAACCAGCAGUACAACAGUAUAAGAUUUCUCCAAACCAGGUGCACAGGAGUCCAGCACCAAAUUAUCAGCAGUCCCCAGUCACUCAGAGAACUUCUGGAUGCUUCAGCUCGCCACAGUCCGGGUCCGGAGCCCGGUUCAUAUCACAGCAGCAGCAUUCCAACAGCCCCAUCCCCAGUCCCUACACUCCUCAAAGUCCUGCUGAUUACAUGCAAUACAGUCCUCCCAGUUACUCGCAACACCAUCAGACGCAACAAGUUGGCGGUAAUCUUAGGAAUCUUCACCACAAGGUGUCAGGACAGCUAUCGAGCAACGCAUCCAAUCAUCAUGCCAAAGCAGGCUCGGAUGACGACUAUGUCAACAUUGCGCACAGACUUGGGAAUGAGGAAAAUGAGCACUCCAUGAUGGCCGCCUUAUUUCCAGUCAAGUCACCGCAAUCUGUGUGUUCCCCGGAUGAGAACGAACCAUCUAAAUGGUCCAGAUCUCUGCUCAUUAUGCAGUCGCCUCCCUCCGACGUCCCCCCCAGCAUGGCUCCCAACAUGCUGCUCUCCUCCAGCGAGCGAAAAAAGAAGCAGAAGCAAAGGAGCAAGGCGGCCGAUGAGCAGCUGGAGAAAAAUGCCUUGUAUGACAUAGUGAGCACCCCCGUGAAAGACUCUGCCAGGCUGACGUUGAAGCUGUCCAGAGUGAAGAACGCACACAAAGAACAGUACGAAGUGUAUUCUCCCAGGAAGGACGCGGCGCCGCAAGCGUGCCUGACGAACAGUAAAAACGCCAUCCUGAACUCCAACCAGGACUCGCCAUGCAAAUUUGCCGCGGAGGAGUCACCAAACUGUCAGCAGGUUCCGUUUCAACCAAACGAGACCACCACCGCCGUCUCGGCGGUGGUGCUGCUGGAUGACGCCGAGGCCGACAUUGAGGCUUUGGCGGAGAUCGAGAGGACCGAGCGCGAAUCUGGCAGCGAGAGAGAGCGAUGGUCCAAAGAGGUCCAGGAUAAAGACAAACCGCUGAAAAAGCGAAAGCAAGACUCAUACCCUCAGGAACCGGGAGUGGACCUGACUGACGGUUUCGCUGGACAAGGCGGCAACCCGACAACACCCAAGAAGAAGAACGCGGCCAGCAACGGUUCCGGUCGUCCCGCUCUGAUGGUCAGCAUUGAUCUGCAGCAGGCCGGCCGAGGAUUACGGCAGCCCAUCGUGGUGCUCGAGGCCAAGCAGGUCCUGGGUUCUGAUUCCGAGACGGAAGCGGAGAAAGAUAAUACCUGCCAACUGACCGUUAGCAAACAGCACGUCGAUGACUCCGCAAAGUCGGACUCGGAUAUCCGUCUGAAGGAGAAGAAGGAAAGCCUGCGGGAAUCCAAACACAGAGCCGACGGAUGGCGCGGAGACUCGCCGAGGCCGAAGCAGAAUCGAGACCCGGAGUCUCGGCACAGGGAGGAAAAGAACGACAACGGUCACUGUCAUCCCGACUCCCUGAAAACCUCCAGCAAAGCAGAACGGAACGCCGAUUGUUAUAACGAAGACAAAGGCAGGGAGAAGAAGAGGACGAAAGAUCACGACACGGAAAAAGUUUGGAGUCGGGAAAAAGAGAGGGACCAAGACCCGCCGGAUGUGGGGAAAGAAAAAGAGAUAGACAGGAAUAAGAUAAGAGAUAAAAUCAAAAUUCGACAAAAGGAUACAGACAGGAAUAGGGAUAAAGAGAAGGAGGUGGAUGGGGAAAGAGUCCGAGACCGGGAGAAGGAGAGAGACGCUGACAGAGUGAGAGAUUGCGAAAAAGAUCGAGGCAGGGAUAAGGAUCAAGGUAAAGAUCGCGCAAAGGAAAAGGACAGAAUCAGGGAGAAAGUUCGAGCUAAGGAGAAAGAGCUGGACAAGCAGCUAGACAGGGAUGAAACUCGAUUAAAGGAGAAAGAGCGAGAUAAGGAUCAAGAUAGGCAGAAAGAUCGCUUAAAGGAGAAGGAGCGAAAUAAGGAGGCGGAUAAGGAGAAAAAUCGAUCCAGGGAGAAGGAGCAAGAUAAGGAGAGGGAUCGAUUCAAACAGGAGAAAGAGCGAUUCAAGGAGAAAGAGCGAAAUAAAGAACUGGAUAGGGAGAAAGACCAACUCAAGGAGAAGGACAAAACUCUGGAGAAAGAGCGAAAUAGGGAGAAAGCCCGCGAAAGAGUGACGGGAGAAGGGAAAGAAAGAGUCAGGGAGGACAAGGCCAGGAAACACAAAGCGUCGAUGAGUAACAGCAACAAGCGGGAACAGUCUCCGGAUGGGACGGCCAAACAGGACAAGGAGCACAAAAUCAGGCAAGAUGGCAGCAGACACCUCAGUGACCUCAGCGCUCGUGAAAGGACAGACAAAUCCAAUUUUUUGAAUAAAAAAGAGAGGAAAGGCGGCGAUGAAAGUAAAGAACCCUCCCUGGUGAAAAAAAACAGCGAAUUUGAAUUUCCUUCCUACUUGCUGGGGGGCAACUCGGGAGCGCUCAAGAACUUUGUGAUACCCAAAGUGAAGCGGGACGCCGUGGAGAAGUGUCCCGCCGUUUCGGGCGACUUGCUCGAUGUUUGGAAAGAACCUCGCGUCGUGCUGGAGAGGAAGUCGCUGGUCGAAAACCUCAGCAAAGGCCCGAAACCCGUGGUGAAAGUGAAAAGGCUGAAUGUUGAUGACAUACAAAGCAUCAAGAAGGAACUCAAGGAACCGGACAAGUUGUGGGAUUUGUCUUCUAGUCACAAAUCGAAAGAUGUCAAGCGGCGGCACAGUAUGAUUAGUAAAUCCCCAAAAUAUACCGAACGCUCCGAUGAAGAGAAGGAAGCAAGCGAUGAUGACAACAACAACUCGGAGGAUGAAGUGAUGAAAAAGAAGCGAAGGAAAGAGCAGAACAAGUCGUGGAAGCGCGAGUCCAAAAAAGGUCGCCAGCGGCAACAGGACUGGAGCUCAGGGGAAAGCGACGGUGGGGCACCGCCAAAUUUGAGCGACGUGGCCAGAAAACUGAAGAAAAAACAUAAAGAGAGAAAGGCGUACGAAAAGAUGCGACCUGAGGAUUUGAUGGACACGUCCACUUUCAAGAGAUUUGCCGCCAGCGUGGACAACAUCUUGGAGAGUCUUGAAGACGUGGACCUAACUGGCGCAGGUGACGACGGUGAUGAUGAAAUACCAGAGGAGUUGCUGCUCGGAAAGCACCAGUUGAGCGAGUUAUGCAGCGAUUCAGCCAAGAUGAAAGAGAUGGGCAUCUUUUAUAAGUGUUCGUCUCAGAAAUUGGUGAAAUUCAUGAACGUCCUGGAGAAGAACAUUCAGGACAGUGUUAAACUGUCCACGUUGAUGAACCAUGGUAACGAUUCCAUGGAUGAGGAGCGGCUGUGGCGCGACCUCAUCUUGGAGCGGGUGACCAAGUCGGCCGACGCCUGCCUGACGGCGCUCAACAUCAUGACCUCGCCGCGCGUGCCCAAGGUGGUUUUCAUCGAAGACGUCAUCGAGCGGGUGCUGCAGUACACCAAGUACCACAUGCAGAACUCCUUGUACCCCCACUACGACCCCACCUACCGAUUAGAUCCCCACGGAGGUGGCGGGCAGAAUUCCAAAGGCAAGAAAGUCAAAAGCUCCAGCCAUAAGCAAAAGACAGUGCUCCAGCUCUACGGCAAAGUGUGCGACAUCAUCAGCAACCUUUCGGAGCUGGUGGAGAUCCAGCUGCUGACCGACAACACCAUUCUCCAGGUGUCCACCUUGGGUAUCACGCCAUUUUUCGUGGAGAACGUCAGCGAGCUGCAGUUGUGUGCCAUCACUUUGGUGACGGCGGUGUUCUCCCGCUACAGAAAGCACAGGCAGCUCAUUCUUGAAGAGAUCUUCAACUCUAUGGCCAGGCUGCCGUCCAGUAAACGCAACUUGAGAAACUUCAGAUUAAACAGCUGCGAUGGAGGCAGCAAGCAUAUCCAGAUGGUCACCGCCUUGGUUCUUCAGCUCAUCCAAUGCGUGGUGCAGCUGCCUUCCUCAAAGGACGGAGACGACGAACACAAUAAGAAGGUGGACAAAGACGUCCUCAUCACCAAUUCCUAUGAGACUGCCAUGAGGACUGCUCAGAACUUCCUCUCAGUGUUCCUCAAGAAGUGUGGCAGUAAGCAGGGCGAGGACGACUUCAGGCCUCUCUUUGAAAACUUUGUCCAUGACCUCCUGUCCACUGUCAACAAACCCGAGUGGCCCGCUGCCGAGCUGCUGCUCAGUUUGCUGGGUCGCCUCUUGGUGCACCAGUUUAGUAACAAGCAGACAGAGAUGGCGCUGCGGGUGGCGUCGCUGGAUUAUCUCGGCACUGUCGCUUCUCGCCUGCGUAAAGAUGCCGUCAGUAGCAAGGUGGACCAAAAGGCCAUUGACCGCAUCCUUAAAGAGUUUCCCGGGAACGACGAGACGCAUCAACUCCAGAGGGCCCUGUUGUGCUACAUCGAGGGGAGCAGCGAAAUCGAUCCCGCUCUCGUCUUUGCCAGGAAUUUCUACAUCGCCCAGUGGUACAGGGACAUCACCAGCGAGGCGGACAAGGCAAUGAAGUCGCACGACGACGACGACGACCCAAAAGCUUUAUUUGCCGUCAACGACGUCGACUGCGCCGAGGAGAUUGUGCAGCGGGCCGAAUCGCGGAAAAAGUUCUUGCGCAAGAUUAUCAGAAACUCUCACACCAGGAUCAGCUCGGACGCAAUUGACUACAGGGACUCUUGUUUGAUUGUCCAAUACCUCGCCUCUAUGAGGCCGUUCUCACAGAGUUUUGAUAUUUAUUUAUCACAGAUCCUGAGAGUGCUCGGUGAGAGCGCCAUCGCAGUCAGAACAAAAGCCAUGAAGUGUUUGUCCGAGGUUGUGGCGGUGGACCCGAGUAUUCUCGCAAGGUCCGACAUGCAGCGUGGCGUUCACGGCCGCCUCAUGGACAACUCCACCAGCGUGCGCGAGGCCGCCGUGGAGCUCGUCGGACGCUUUGUGCUCAGUCGCCCCGAGCUCAUCGAGCAGUACUACGACAUGCUCAUCGAGAGGAUUUUGGACACGGGCAUCAGCGUGAGGAAGAGAGUCAUCAAGAUCCUGAGGGAUAUUUGUCUGGAGCUGCCGGAUUUCCACAAAAUCACCGAGAUGUGCGUCAAGAUGAUCCGAAGGGUCAACGACGAGGAGGGGAUUAAGAAACUGGUGAAUGAGACCUUCCAGAAAAUCUGGUUCACGCCAACACCAAGUCAUGACAAAGACGCCAUGAUCAGAAAAAUCCUGAACAUCACCGACGUGGUGCUCGCGUGUAAAGAUUCCGGCUACGAUUGGUUCGAGCAGCUUCUCCAGAAUCUCCUUAAAUCAGAAGAAGCCGCUUCUUACAAACCAGCUCAGAAGGCCUGCAGUCAACUAGUGGACAAUCUGGUGGAGCACUUAGUAAAAUAUGAAGAGUCCAUUGCAGUUUCAGAGAUUGAGGACAAAGGCGUCAACUCGGGUCGCCUGGUGGCGUGCGUCACCACGCUGUACUUAUUCAGCAAGAUCCGACCACAGCUGAUGGUCAAACACGCCAUGACCAUGCAGCCCUACCUGAACACUAAAGGCAACAAUCAGAAUGACUUGAUGUUGAUUUGCAACGUGGCCAAGAUCCUGGAGCUGGUCGUGCCUCUGAUGGACAAUCCCAGCGAGAAUUUCCUCACUACCAUCGAAGAGGACCUCAUGAAGUUGAUUAUCAAACACGGAAUGAUGGUCGUGCAGCACUCCGUAAGCUGUCUCGGGGCCGUGGUAAACAAGGUCACACACAACUACAAGUUUGUUUGGGCUUGUUUCAAUCGUUUCUACGGCGCCUUGGCCAAACUCAAGACCCAGCACCAGGAGGAUCCCGACAGUCCCACCUUGGUGACCAACAAGCCCACACUGCUCCGCUCGCUAUUCACGGUCGGUGCUUUGUGUCGACACUUUGAUUUUGACCAAGAGGAGUUCAAGGGUACCAGUAAGCUCCUCAUUAAGGACAAAGUCUUGGAAGUUCUUUUGUAUUUUACCUCGCACAAAGAUGAGGUGGUCCAAGUCAAGGCCUUGAUCGGUUUAGGCUUCCAGUUCAUCAUGCACCCGGAGCUAAUGUUCGCGCAGGACGUGAAGAUUCUCUACAACAACAUUCUGUCCGACGAGCACAGUCUGGUCAGUUUGAAGGUCCAGGUGCUUAAAAACAUGCAGACAUAUCUACAGGAGGAGGACUCGAGAAUGCUGGAAGCCGACCGUGACUGGAAGGAGAAGGCCAAACAGGAAGAUCUGAAAGAGAUGGGCGAUAUCUCGUCGGGUAUGAGCAGCUCCAUCAUUCAGAUCUACCUGAAGCAAGUGUUGGACUCCUUCCUGCACGCGCAGUCCACAGUCCGCCACUUUGCUCUCAGCGUUAUCACGUUGACCCUCAGUCAGGGCCUCAUCCACCCUGUGCAGUGCGUUCCCUACUUAAUUGCCAUGGGAACUGAUCCGGAGCCAACCAUGAAGAACAAGUCUGAUCAACAACUGGUGGAUAUUGACAAGAAGUAUUCAGGCUUUAUUCAUAUGAAAGCCGUAGCAGGGCUGAAGUUGUCCUACCAGAUCCAGCGGGCCAUCGCCGGAUCCAAAGAAGCGAUCAUCCGAGGCUUCCGUCACCAGGACACCGACGCGGCCCUCUGCGCUCAUCUGUACACUUUGGUCCGGGGGAACCGCCAACAUCGGCGAGCCUUCCUCAUUUCUCUGCUCAACAUGUUUGACGACAGCUCCAGAGCCGAAGUGAACUUGCUGCUAUUCGUGGCGGACAACUUGGCCUGCUUCCCAUACCAGACGCAGGAAGAGCCUCUUUUCAUCAUGCACCACGUGGACAUCACUCUGUCAGUUUCUGGCAGCAACCUGCUGCAGUCUUUUCAAGAGUCUUUAAGAAAAGGACCAAUUCCAAGGCCGAAGAAAAUAAAGAAGAAAAAAAAGAAGAAAGAGAAGAAGGCCAAGCCUCGGAAGAUGCGAGACAACUCUGACGACAGCGAGGAGAGCAGCAGCCAAUCCAGUAGCAGCAGUAGUAGCAGCAGCAGCAGCAGCAGUGAGGAGGAAGUGGAAAAGCUCCACACGCAAUCUGACUCCGACAUGGAUGAUGAGGAUGUGGUGAUGGCCCGCCUACCCGAGGACCAGAAGCCUCUGUUGGACUUUUCCCUGGCUUCGCAGGGAAUCCUACUGCUGCUCAUGCUCAAACAACACCUCAAGAAUUUAUACGGCUUCUCAGACAGCAAAAUCCAGAAAUACUCACCAACGGAAUCGGCUAAGGUGUACGACAAGACGGUGAACAGGAAAUCCAAGGUGCACUUCAAUCCUCGCCAGACUCUGGAAUUCCUGAAGGUCGGUCUAUCCAACUCCGACAUCAGCUACGAGACCAGGAAGUCUAUCGUCAAACAGUAUUUACACUUCAAAGUGCUGAUGGACCACCUGGACCGCGAGGAAGAUGAAGAGGAGGGCGAGGCCAGCGCCAACGCCAGAAACAAAGCAAUCACCUCGUUGCUCCAGGGCCCCAAAUACCGAAACCACAACCACAACAAUCACAGGGCGCAGAUCGAGUCCGAGGAUGAGGAGAGCGAGGAUGAAGAUCCCCCGGCGCAGAAGUCACGACGAGGCGACGACUCUGCGGAGGACUACGGCCACAUGAACGAGAGGGUGGACGUGACGGACGUGGUGGCCAUCUGCUGUCCCAAAUACAAAGACAGGCCGCAGAUCGCCAGGGUGGUGCAGAAGACCAAAAGCGGCUACAGCGUACACUGGAUGUCCGGCACUUACUCAGGGCCCUGGGUUGUGGCCAAGAAACGGGACGGUCGCAAAAAGGUGCCUUGGUUGGACAAUAUUAAGGAGGCGGACAUUAUUUAUAAGAAAAUCUCCUUAACAAGCGGACAAAAGCUGACUAACAAAGUGGCACAGACGUUACGAGCACUAUACGCCGCCAAGGACGGGACUAAACAUUAGACAAUACUCUGGCAGCGCAGCACCACAUGGAUCCCUUACGUUACAGAGACGAUCAAAGCUCUUUCUAUUUAAGGACCUCAUUGACCAAGUUGAAGUUAACACACCAGGAACAACUGUUUCAAAAAAACAUUGGGUGGGAGGUCCUUCGCUGUUGUGCAGCAACCCGGUUCGUUUUUACUCCCACUGACUGUAUUAUAGUUGAACUAAAAAAAAUAUGUUUAUAUCUGAAAAUAAUUCUGUAAAAAGAAGAAAAAAAGAAAAGUGAAUGUUGGAAAUUAGUGUAUUGACGUUCUUAAUAAAGUGUUUUUGGACUUUAAA